CGGAAUGAAAACAAACGGCGGCCUCUGCGGCAUCCGGGCACUCAGCAGGUCGCGGCUGGCGCGGCAGUGGCGCAGGAUGGCGCAGAAGAAAUAUCUUCAAGCAAAAUUGACCCAGUUUCUAAGGGAAGACAGAAUUCAACUUUGGAAACCACCAUAUACUGAUGAAAAUAAAGAAGUUGGUUUGGCCUUGAAGGACCUUGCUAAGAAGUACUCUGACCGACUCGAGUGCUGUGAAAACGAAGUGGAAAACAUAAUAGAAGAGAUCCGUUGCAAAGCCAUUGAGCGUGGCACAGGAAAUGAGCACUACCGAGCAACCGGGAUUGCCACGAUUGAGGUGUUUCUGCCUCCAAGACUCAGGAAAGACAAGAAAAGCUUGUUGGAGACCCACUUGAAUGUCACUGGUAGAGACCUGAGAUCUAAAAUAGCCGAAACUUUUGGAUUCCAAGAAAAUUACAUCAAGAUCGUAAUAAAUAAGAAACAACUUCAACUAGGGAAAAGCCUUGAAGAACAAGGAGUGACUCACAAUGUAAAGGCCAUGGUGCUAGAACUGAAACAGUCUGAAGAGGAUGUGAGGAAAAACUUCCAGGUAGAGGAAGAGGAACAGAAUGAGGCGGAACUGAAGGAGAAACGUAUUCAGAGGACCAAAAGGGGACUGGAGAUUCUGGCAGAGAGAGCUGAGAUGGUAGAUCCGGAAACCAUGCCUUACUUAGACAUUGCAAACCAGACAGGCAGGUCAAUCAGAGUUCCUCCUGCCGAGAGAAAAGCCCUUAUGUUAGCUAUGGGAUACCAUGAGAAGGGCAGAGCUUUCCUGAAGAGAAAAGAGUAUGGAAUAGCCUUGCCGUGCCUUCUGGAUGCUGACAGGUAUUUCUGUGAGUGCAAAGAGCUGCUGGACACUGUGGACAACUAUGCGGUUCUCCAGCUGGACAUUGUGUGGUGCUACUUCCGCCUGGAGCAGCUGGAGUGCCUGGAUGAUGCAGAGAAGAAGCUGAACUUGGCCCAGAAGUGCUUUAAAAACUGUUAUGGAGAGAAUCACCAGAGACUGGUCCACAUAAAAGGAAAUUGUGGAAAAGAGAAAGUGUUGUUUUUAAGACUCUACCUGCUUCAGGGGAUUCGGAACUAUCACAGUGGAAAUGGAGAGGAGGCUCGGGAAUAUCUCAACAAGGCGCGCCAGCUCUUUAAAGAGCUGUACAUUGAUCCAUCAAAAGUUCACAACUUGCUGCAGUUGGGGUUCACUGCCCAGGAAGCCCGGCUCGGCCUGCGGGCUUGUGAUGGGAACGUGGACCAUGCGGCCAUUCAUAUUUCCAACCGCAGAGAGGAACUGGCCCAAAUAAGGAAGGAGGAGAAGGAGAAGAGGAGACGCCGCCUGGAAAAUAUCAAGUCUUUGAAAGGAAUGGGCUACUCCACACAUGCUGCCAAACAGGCCCUUCACCAGGCCAGAGGCAACCUGGACGACGCCCUGAAGAUUCUCCUCAGUAACCCCCACAUGUGGUGGUUACAGGACUCAGACUCUGAAAACAGCAGCCAUCAAGCAAGUCCUUCCCAGGAAAGCAUCGACCAACUGGUGUACAUGGGUUUCGACACAGUGGUGGCUGAAGCAGCGCUAAGGGCAUUUGGAGGCAAUGUCCAGGUAGCAGCUCAGACCCUUGCGCACCAUGGAGGAAGCCUUCCUCCAGACCUGCAGUUCUCAGGAGAGGACUCCUCCUCCACAGCAUCCACAUCCCCAUCUGACUCUGCAGGGACCUCUAGUGCCUCAACAGAUGAAGACAUGGAGACAGAGGCUGUCAACGAAAUCCUGGAGGACAUUCCAGAGCACGAGGAGGACUACCUGGACUCAACUCUGGAGGACGAAGAAGUCAUUAUUGCCGAGUACUUGUCCUAUGUGGAAAGUGUAAGGUCAGCUGCAAAGAACAACUGAACAGAAAUGAGUGCUACGUUUCUGCCUAUAAAUCUGUCGUUGUGAAUGGUCGAAUGCAGCUCUUCUUUGCGUUCCUCUUGCUUUUCAACGAUUUUGCUCCAAGUAGGCUUUUUCCUCAGGUACAGGGACCCAGCAUAGUGGGAAAGACGGUCUAGAAAAGGGGGUCCCUGGCUCCGCUGUUCCCCUUCUGCCUCCCGGUCUGCAUCUCUAACCCUGUCACUGUCCGUUUCCAUCAGAACUGGGGAGCAGGCUUUCCAGUGGAGGCAGGGUGGUCUGCAGAGACGGGGACUCUUGUCUCCUGUCUGCCUUUCACUAGCACUAGUCACUAGUCCUGUGCACUUUCCUCCCGCCCUGCUGCUGCCCUCCUCCACCGCCUCUUCAUUCCAAGUGCUGUGGGUGCAAUGAGAUACAGGCCGCAGUCCCACACCAAAUGGUGGCAGAUACCUUGAUCUUGAAAUGUCAGUGUUUGUGCUCUUAGAUCAGUAAAAAUCUGUACUUAAAAUUCAA